AUGGCGCUUGCUCGAUCCCAUCCAGUCAAGCUAAGCGGAGACGUCAAUCGAAUCCUCUUCGUCAAAAACCUCAACUACAAGACUAAGGGAGAGGACUUGUACGAUUUAUUUGGAAAGUAUGGCGCGAUUCGUCAAAUUCGGAUAGGAACCGAUCCCAAGACUCGAGGGACGGCCUUUGUGGUGUACGAAGACAUCCUUGACGCCAAAAAUGCGUUCGAUCAUCUCAACGGGUUCCAUCUCCAGGAGAGAUAUCUAGUCGUCUUAUAUCAUCAGUUCCAGAGACAAGCAGCUAAAGCUGAUCUUGCAAAACGAGAGGCCGAAUUGGUCGCACUCAAGAAAGCACACAACAUCUCAGACGACAAUGACUCCUGA